AUGCCUCCUAAAUAUAAACCUAAUCUCCCUGCUGAUCUCGUUCUUGAUGCCGAACAACUAAUGGCAUUUGAAGAAAUGGGCGGACGAGAUGUAAUAACUUUCAAUCGUCUUGGGGAUAAUCAAAGUAGACUUGCUUAUAUCCAAGCACUCGUCAAUAUUAAAAAGAAUGAAAUGGAAAAAUCGGAAUUUGAAUUUCAGGCUAUAUAUUUCGUAGCCUAUCUUGCUUAUUUGUUUAACUGUUCAUAA